AUGAAGUUCACCACCGCAGCUGCUGGCCUCUUGGCCGCCGCUGGCGCUCUCGCCGCCCCUGUCGCUCAGCCAGAGGCUGAGAUCGAGACCCGCAACCCAGGUGGCAUCAACUACGUCCAAAAUUACAAUGGCAACGUUGCUCAAUUUAAGUACAGCGAGAGUGCAGGCACUUUCUCUGCCAAGUGGAGCGGCAACACCGACUUCGUGGUCGGCUUGGGUUGGUCCACUGGCUCUGCUCGCGCCAUCACCUACUCUGGUAGCUACAGCGCCGCCGGCUCGGGAUCCUACCUCUCCGUAUACGGAUGGUUGAACAGCCCCCAGACCGAGUACUAUAUCACCGAGAACUACGGCUCCUACAAUCCAUGCUCGGGUGCCACCUCCCUGGGUUCUGUCACAUCUGAUGGCUCCAGCUACCAGGUCUGCACCGACACCCGCACCAACCAGCCUUCCAUCACCGGUACCUCGACCUUCAAGCAGUUCUUCUCCGUCCGCGCGAGCAAGCGCACCAGUGGUACCGUCACGACCGGCAACCACUUCAAGUACUGUGAGUAUAGAGAAGCACGCGUGACCCUGAUAUGGAUGGAUUCUGACAAACAUUUCGCAGGGGCCACAAAGGGCUUCGGCAACAGCAACUUCAACUUCCAGGUUUUCGCUGCCGAGGCUUUCUCCGGCUCUGGUUCUGCUUCCAUCACCGUCUCCUAA